AUGUCGACAAGAACUGAACGCGCGUGUAUGAUUUGCGCCAUCAUCCAGCCAUAUAGAGAAUUUCUGAGCCAAGGAUGUCCUAACUGCGAAUCGCUGCUCGCGUAUAAGAAUGAUGACGAGCUGGUCCAAGACUGCACUAGUCCGUCUUUUGAAGGCCUGCUUGCGGUCUGCGAUACAGCCAACUCAUGGGCAGCCAAGUGGCUGCGAGUAGACGGAUUCCAGCCUGGACUUUACGCAGUCAAAGUGAAUGGCCGGUUGCCUGAAGAUAUUGCGCGGGAUCUGGAGGCUAAGGGCGUAGUGUACCGUCCGCGGGACGGCAGUGCACAGGAUUAA